GUCAACACAGGAGGCCCCACCCUUUGUGUUACCUACCGCCCGUCAAUCAAAAAUAGAAAAAAAUCUGACAGUUAUCACCUAUUUCUACGCGUAAACAAUCCAUUGUGUUCGCUGAUGAUGCUCGCUGGCUUGUGACUACCAGGACUCUCCGUUUCACGACGAGUCACGUGAUGACUGCACCAGAACAGCCGAUGAAAACAGAAGACAUGGCUGCCUUGGACGUGGACAGCAGUCAAGGCGACUUUCUGCAGCAGGAGCAAGGCAGGGGCAACCAGGACACUCAGCCGUCGCCCCUCGACCUGCUAGCAACCACCUGCACUAAGGUUGGGUCACCUUCGGCAGAGUUGGACAGAGGUGCAGAAGCUGAUGUGACAUCAGCUCUAUCUACUCAGUUUACUGGAACUGAAAAAUGGGAGGUUCUAACCCCCACAACAACAGCAAAAGAUGAAUCUGGAUUGAUACAAAUCCAAAAUCAAGGAAUAUUAACAUCGAACGGACAGUAUGUUCUUCCUCUCCAGAACUUACAGAGUCAGCCAAUCUUUGUGACGUCGGGAACGGACGCCUCCUCUGCCAAUUCAGUGCCUAACAUUCAGUACCAAGUAAUUCCUCAGAUUCAAACAGCAGAUGGACAGCUGAGCUUCUCCACUUCCGGUGUGGAAGGAGCGACUCUGUCUCAGGAUGCCACAGGGCAGAUUCAGAUCAUGCCUGACGGUAGCCAUAGUCUCUGUGUAACAACGACUGCGAACAUCCUUAAUAACAACCAGAACCUCAUAUCACAGACUGGUAAUGUCCAGCAGCUCCAGGGGGUUUCUCUUGGCAGCUCCACCUUCAACAACCAGGGUCAGGUUGUUACUAAUGUGCCUAUGGGUUUGCCUGGGAAUAUUACCUUUGUUCCUAUAAACAGUGUAGACUUGGACUCCCUUGGCCUCUGUGGUGCUCAGACUAUAGCAACAGGGAUCACUGCUGAUGGCCAGCUAAUAAUGACAAGUCAGCCCGUUGACGGCGCGGAGAGUCUGGCGAAGACAGAUAAUCACCUUUCACAGACGCUACCAGUAGAUGGCUCAAAUGCAAAUCAUGAGAUAUAUGUGCCAACGUCUUCCUCUCAGCUACAAAUUCAAACGAACGAAUCAGGUCUGCUGACGCAAGACACUUCAUUGUCAUCAGUUGGUGGAGAGCAAGCUGACUCGGGUUCUGGUCUCCAGGAGGGCUUCAUCCAACAGAACCAGGAGCAGAGCAUCCAGGUGUCCUCAGCUCAGUCCAUCAUCCAGCUGCAGCAGGUACCUAUUCAGACCUCCAACGGUCAGGUGGUCCAGUCCAUGGCAACAGGCGGGCAGAACCUGCAAAACGUGCAGCUGAUCAACCCGGGAACAUUCAUCAUCCAAGCACAGACGGUCACACCGUCGGGUCAGAUACAAUGGCAGACGUUUCAGGUGCAGGGAGUGCAGAACCUUCAGAACCUGCAGCUGCCGACAACACCACCCCAGCAAAUAACUCUGGCUCCAGUCCAGACGCUAUCACUGGGUUCCACUCCAGUCAGCAUCAGCACAGGACAGAUCCCCAACCUGCAGACAGUGACGGUCAACACAAUGGCCCAACAUGAAGGAAACACAGACAGCCCUGGAGAUAUUCGGAUAAAAGAAGAGCCGGACUCUGGAGACUGGCAGCUAAGCACCGACUCCACCCUGAACACAAGUGACCUGUCGCACCUUCGCGUCAGGCUGGUGGAUGAGGAGGAUCAGUUGGGUCAGGAGGGCAAGAGGCUGCGCAGGGUGGCGUGUACUUGCCCCAACUGUAAAGAGUCAGGUGGGAGAGGAUCCAGCACGGGGAAGAAGAAGCAGCACAUCUGCCACAUUGCUGGCUGUGGGAAAGUAUACGGAAAGACAUCACACCUGCGAGCACACCUGCGCUGGCAUUCAGGGGAGCGACCUUUUGUUUGCAGCUGGAUGUUCUGUGGGAAGAGGUUCACACGCAGCGAUGAGCUGCAGAGACACAGGAGGACACACACAGGAGAGAAGAAGUUUGUCUGCCCAGAAUGUUCCAAGCGUUUCAUGCGGAGCGACCACCUGGCGAAGCACAUUAAAACUCAUCAGAACAAAAAAGGCGUGAACUCUGGAAGCGCUGUGGUGGCCUCGAUGGAAUCCGCGGGGUCCUCAGACAGUAUCAUCACCACGGCGGGCGGGACCACCCUCAUCCUCACCAACAUCCAGCAGGGUUCCAGCAACGCCCAGGACAUCCUGGCCAACGCAGAGAUCCCUCUCCAGCUCAUCACCACGGUAGCGGCCAGCGAAGUCAUGGAGUGAUUUACACUCCACUUAUGAACUUCUACAACCUCUCUCAUACUGUAUACUCCUACCUGCAUUUUUAUUCAAGUUUUGAAGAAAAACAAAAAUUAUAAAUAUAUAUAUACAGUAUAUAUUUUAACACAGACGUAGUCAGUCCAUGUCCAUACUCAGUUUUUACUGAGGAGAAACUAGAAGCGGAGACUAAAAGAUGAUAAAGGUGGAAAAAGACAUUGCAGUAAACACACAAGGAAAUGCCUUAUUUUGUACAAUAUUGUGUCGUUGGAAAUGUAGGAUGCCAUUUUGUUUUGAACCUACUUAUUUUGCGUUAAUGUGUUUUUCACAAAAGAUAUUGGUAAGUUGAGCAAUUUUCUCCUCGCUUUUUUUUUUUUCAUGUUAUAUUCUGAUGAUGUCCUUGGUAAGCAAGGUUUGUUCCAUCCUUUAAGCAAAGAUUAAAUCUCUCAACAGAGCUAAUUUUAAGUAAUGUUAUUGCUUAUAUCCAUGCAAAUGUAUCCAUGUUAUGUGUUUAUUUUAUUUUAUAUUAUGCAUUCUUAUUUCAGUGUCCUCCUUGCAUUCAGACUUCUUGCAAAUUAGCCAGCCCUCCUUAAAACCUGUUGUCACACUUGCUACAUUUUGAAACAGGUAAAAAUCAAAACAAUCAAAUGUUGUAUUGUUAUUCCUCUUGAACAUAUACUGUUGAUAUGAUUAUUUGCUUAUUAAAUAUUUUGACUGAACAGCUAUUUAUAUUCCGGCUUUACAUAGACAACACAUUUGUUAUAUUACAAGUCAAAAAUAUUUCAAAUGGCUCCAUUAUAUGUAAUUUAAAUGUUUUUGUAAAACCUUUUUGGAGGACUUAAAAAAAAAUAAAAAUACAUGCAUUGUAAUAUUAAGAAGAAAAGCCAUUAUUUUGGAGGUAUUUGCCAAAUUUGACUACAAACUCAGGGUGACUUGUGACUGUGUGAUAUAAUUAGAAUAAAUCACCUCUGUAGCUUCUCGGGCCGUGGUGGUGAUGUAAAGAAAUGGUGUUUGAUGAUGGACCAAAAGCUGAGGUGAAUUAAGCUGUCACCAUGUAACCAAUGCUCAUUGAAUUCUACCAUGUCAGUUUUUACGAUGAGGACAACCCCUGUUCGUGUUAUAGAAACAGCUUCACAGAAUUCUCAUCAGGAUCUUGCUCCAUCAUGCAGUUGGAAAAAAUUCAAUGCAUUACUGAAAGCGGUACUCUUUUUAACUGCACUAUUCUCAUCACUUGUUGUUAAUCCUUUUGUAUAAAACAUGUUUUGUAUACUUCCCAAGAAACUGUCCUUUAUAUUCAUUGUCAGUAAUUGUAAAAUGUUUGUCUUUUUUUUUUUUUUAUAUAAUUUUUCUUUAACUUUAUGUUGCAUUUCCCUCCUUUACGUUAUUAAUUGUUUUUGUUUAUUUUAUCUCUAAACCCCCUCCCCUCAACUGUUGAAUUGUUAAUUUGAAUGCACACUGAACAGUGAAUUAUGGUGGCAUAUUUGAUUAGAUUUUGGACACGUUGUCCUCUUCAGGAGAUUAAUGCUUUACCCCCAUUAAAACAGCAUCUUUAUAUUAUGUAAUAAACACUGUUUAGGUUUGUUCUCACUUAAACAUCUUCUGUAUAAAUAUGUCAAUAUAACAUCAAUAUAAA